AUGGCUUUCCUUCUGGAGCAAAUCUUCAACGCCCCUGCCGCAGCUCUGCAGGAAAACCGAUGCGACAUCUCGCUGAAGACCAUCGCAGCAGCAGCAGCAGGGGAAGAAGGAGACACUUUGUCUCCGAAAAGAGACAAAACAAUUAAACUUGUGGACUUGCCGGGACAUCCCAGGCUGCGGCCUGCUGCUGUUGCUGCUGCUGCUGCUUCUUCUCUCCUCAUCUUCUUCGUCGACGCUGCAGACAAACCCUCCCUCAAAGCAGCAGCAGAGUUUUUGUUUGAACUUUUCUGCGACUCGAAAAUAUGCGAGCGAAGACCCCCUUUGCUGCUGGUGGUAAACAAAAGAGACAGUCCCGAGGCGAGGGGACAGCAGGCGGUUGUGGAGGACCUCGAGAGAGAAGUGUAG